AACAUUUUACAAUGUCGUUUUCAAAAGGCAAAAUCCAAAGAUUUAACGAAUUUAAAAAUGAAGUGCCAGCACCAGGUGCAUAUGAUCCAAAAUUUGACGAUAAGGUCUUAGGUUCUGUUAUCGAGAAAUCGGAAAGAUUUCAUGAUAAUAAAAGCAUAAUUGGUGCUGAAUGUAGUUUAUCAACUCUUUCCAAAAGUACUAGUAGUUUACACGUGAAUUUUAAAUCGCCUCAAUGUCCACCAAGAAAAUUGAUCUCGAGAUCCUGUACAAAAGUGAAGCCACACACGUUUAUGUCGAUUAAUGACAAGAAAAUAAAGUAUAAAUCUGAAAAUCAUGUAGCAGGUCUUAAAGCAGAGUGUUUAAACAAAGGCAAAACUAUACAAAAACAUGAGAAACAUAUCCAAGAUAUGCGCGAAGAAGUGAAAAAAUUAGAAUUAAAAUUGGAAGAAUUACAUAAAAAGCAAGUUGAAGUUGAGAACCAACACAAAACAGACAUAGAAACAUUGACUAAAUUGCAACAAGAAGUAUUGAAAAAUAACAUCGAGAAACAUCAAGUUGAAAUAGAGCAGCUGCAUGGUCAGUUAACAGAAAUUUCUCGGAAAAAAGAAUCUGAAAUUCAGAUUAUCAGCGCAGUGGAUGGAGACCUGAGAAAUCGAAUAGCCAUGUUAGAAAUUGACUUAGCCAAUAAGGAACAUGCCAGCCAGGAAAAGAUUCAAACCCUCGAAGCGCAAAUUGAAGAACUAGUAAUAAAGUUAGAAAAAUUAACUACAAGUUAUAAAUGUGAAGUCAGUUCAUUGGAAUACGAAAAAUUAGAACUGAAUUCUUGUAUUACUCAUUUAACGGAUAAAAUUGACGAAUGUGAGGAGAAAUUAAAAAGAGUAAUCACAGAGAGCGACGCAAAAAUACUUGCUAUGAUCAGAGAAGCAAAGGUUGCAGUGGAGGAGGAAAUGCGUCUAACUGCAGAAAGAUACGAAGCAUAUUUAGCACAAGUAGAAAUGGAACGUGUAGCGUUAGACAAAAAACUUGAACAGAAAGACGUUGAAAUCGCCAGACUUUUCGAUAUUUUUGAAGAAUUAAAGUCUUCUGCGGAAACUCAGGAGAAUUUCGGUCAGAGUUUGCAAAUAGAACUGGAUCGAACAGAAGCCCAAUUAGCACGGAAAAAGGAAGAACUAAGGGUUUUGAAAGAUCAGAUUCAUUCGGAAGCGGCUGAAAUAGUAUCUAAGAAAAAAAGAUUCGAAGUUAUAAUGGCUGAGAAUCAAGCAUCUGUUGCUGCUUUAACGCAACACUUAAUGCAGAACGAUACUGAAGCGGAGAAGCUGCAACAUGAAUUAAAGUGCAACGAAAAUUGUAUAAAUGGGCAUCGCGAUUUAUUAAGUAUUAUGCGCAACAAUUCACAAAUGGUACAUGUACAAAUAUACGCUUUAAUGGAGCAGUUAAAUGAUAAGAAAGGAUCAGUCAAUCAACUAGAAACUGGAAAUUUUUACGAGGUGGAAUCGAUUAAAUCUAUAUACGAAGCUAAAAUCGAUGGUUUGAGACAAGUAAUAACGAAACAAGUAACAUUGCAAGUACAAGCACAAUUAGAAGCUGAUCUUGAUGAGAAAGAUGCUCAAAAUGUUAAGUUACAAAAUCAACUUGACGAAAUGUCUGAGCAACUUAACGAUGCACGAGACAUGUUACUUCAGUUGGAAGAAAAGUAUGAUGCUCAAAAACAGGAGGUUUCUCGAGUGCACCUUCUCAACAAUAAGCUUCAUGGUCAGCUGAAAACUAGUAAAGCAGCUUUAGACGAGACUAAGAAAUUGUUGAAGUCGCAAACAGCAGAACAUAAAAUUGAUUUGGACGAGGCAAAUGCUAAAAUUCAAGAAUUUUCCGAUCAAAUUAAAGAUAUUGAAGAGAAAAAGGAUUUCGUACAGGUUAAGUUAUUUGAGGAAGAGAAAGCCCGCCGAAUAGCAGCUGAAGAGGAAAUACAAAGACUUCUUGAAGAUAACGGUCGCCUCGCAAAAGAUUAUCAAGAGAUUAGUGAAAAGUAUACCGAGUUCAUUGGUCACCAGAAUCAUAGACAAAGAAUUAAGCAUGUGUCUCAAUUGAAAGAUAAAAUUCUCCAACUGGAACAGGAUUUACUCUGCAAGACAAGGACAAUAGGGAAACAGCAAAAGAUCAUACAACAACUGAAAGCAGAUGGAAAAUGCGAAUACAUUAAAGGGAAGGAAAAUACGUUAGUACUUCCGAAGUUUGCCCAUUCAACACCCGAAACUUCUCCACAUAAACUAUUCACUCCUCUACAAAAUCGAAAUGAUUAGUUUUUAGUUACUACAUAUAGAAUAUUUGUUUAUACUUCUAAUAAAUGUAUGUUAAUCAAGAUAACAAAGGUAACUGUAUCAACUAUAGUUACAUUACAGUUACUUUUAUAAUAAAUAUUACGUCUAGAUAAUUAUAGUUGUAUUAUAGUUACCUUUACAAUAAUUGAAAUAUUUGCAAUGUCUCUUGGUAGGAACGAUUCAUCAAAUGAGCGUCUGGUAAACUUUUUUUACUAUAGUAUGUCUUAGUAGUUUCUAAAAUAUUAGUAAACUUAUAACGAGUUUGAUGUUGGAUUUUAUUUGUUCAACGCA